CGCCGCCAGAGACGGCUCUCCGGUAAGUGAACUUCUCCGUCGGGUGGGGCGCGGCGGAGGCUCAGUGCCGCCCCAAGACCCGGCGCUGAGGGGAGAGUUACGCGCCCUGGGCUCGGGCGACGAUGCUAGGAGGAGUUGGAGCGUCAGCGCGCAGGCGUCCUUAGCGGAGACCCAUCCCCGGAACCGCAACAUAGCUGGAGCCCGUGGCGAGCCGAAAAGUUCGACUCCCUCCGUCACCGCUGCCAUUACCGCUGCCACCGCCGCCACCACAGCCGCCACCACAGCCACCACCACAGCCGCCACCAACAUCACCACCACGGCGUCGGCGGCGCAGACCCCGGACCAUGGAACUCGAGAACCUAGUAGCCAACACUCUCCUGCUGAAGGCUCGUCAAGCAGGACAGAGCAAAAAGAGUGGUCGUAGUAGAAAGUGGAAAGAGAUUCUGAAGUUGCCCCCAGUCAGCCUGUGCUCUGAGCUAAGAAACUCCAUCGAAAAGGAUUUUAGCAGCCUUUGUGACAAGCAGCCAAUAGGAAGAAAUCUUUUCAGACAAUUCUGUGAUACAAAACCAUGUCUAAAGAGAUGCAUUGAUUUCUUGGAUGCAGUGGCAGAGUAUGAAGUUACCGUUGAAGAGGAGCAAAGAGAAUUUGGGCUAUCCAUCUUACAUAGAUUCUUCAAAGAGAAGUCAGAAGUCCCCUUACCAGAGAUACCUAUAGCUGUUGUGAAAGAAUGUAAAUGGAAUCUGAAGGAGAAUUCCUCCUCUAAAAAUGUUUUCGAGGAAUGUGCUAGAUUUGUCUAUACCUAUUUGAGUGAAAAACCAUUUGAAGAAUACCAAGACAGUAAAUACUUCCGUCGAUUUUUACAAUGGAAAUGGCUAGAAAGGCGGCCAGUAACAAAGAACACAUUCAGACAUUACAGAGUUCUAGGAAAAGGCGGAUUUGGAGAGGUUUGUGCCUGUCAAGUACGAGCUACAGGAAAAAUGUAUGCCUGCAAAAAACUAGAAAAAAAAAGAAUAAAGAGGAGGAAAAGUGAAGGAAUGGCUCUGAAUGAAAAAAGAAUCUUAGAAAAAUUGCAUAGUAGAUUUGUAGUUAGUUUAGCCUACACUUAUGAAACCAAGGAUACCUUGUGUUUGGUGCUAACCAUUAUGAAUGGAGGGGAUUUGAAGUACCACAUUUACAAUCUGGGCAAUCCUGGCUUUGAGGAGCCGAGAGCUGUGUUCUAUGCUGCAGAGCUGUGUUGUGGCUUGGAAGAUUUACAGAAGGAAAGAAUUGUAUACAGAGACCUAAAGCCAGAGAAUAUCCUCUUAGAUGAUCAUGGACACAUCCGAAUUUCAGAUCUUGGUCUAGCUCUGGAAGUCCCAGAAGGGGAGAUGGUUCGAGGAAGAGUUGGUACUGUUGGCUACAUGUCUCCAGAAAUUAUCAACAAUGAAAGGUACGCAUUUAGUCCUGAUUGGUGGGGACUUGGCUGUCUGAUAUAUGAAAUGAUUGCGGGACACACUCCAUUCAAAAAAUAUAAAGAGAAGGUCACCCGGGAGGAACUGGAAAGAAGAGUGAAGAAUGACACUGAGGAGUAUUCUGAGAAGUUUUCAGAGGAUGCCAAGUCCAUCUGCAGCAUGUUACUCAUCAAGGAUCCAAGUUAUCGGCUAGGCUGUCAGAGUAAUGGAGCUGCUGCUGUAAAGCAGCACCCAGUGUUCAAGGACAUUAACUUCAGCAGGCUGGAAGCAAAUAUGUUAGAUCCCCCUUUCUGUCCUGAUCCUCAGGCCAUUUAUUGUAAGGAUAUCUUGGAUAUUGGGCGGUUCUCUGUGGUGAAAGGAGUCAACCUGGACAGCAGUGAUGAAACCUUCUAUGCCCAAUUUGCUACAGGGUGUGUCAGCAUCCCCUGGCAGAAUGAGAUGAUUGAAUCUGGAUGUUUCCAUGACCUCAAUGAAGCUGCAGAUGAGGGAGAUGCGACAUCACAUAAAAAAGAGAAGAUGUGUCCCUCCAUUCUCAGACCAAAGAGAAAUUUCUUACGUAGAAUCUUCAGAAGAGGGGGCUGCCUGACCACUGGCCACAGUGAGGAGAGGGAGCCAACACAAUGAUGACCGUUCACUGUGCAGACCACAGAGCAAGACCCUGAUGUAAGAAGGAACCUGUCACAUACUCAGUGUCUUGUCCUUUCCAUGAAUUGUAAUAAACAGUCUAUGACACUGUUUAUAAUGUGCUUUCAUAUAUUUUUACAUUAAUAUCUGCAUUGUCUUUUACUGAAGCUGUAUUAAAGAAGCCGCCUGAGAACAUCA